UACCAGAAGAUAUUAGGUUGUUUUCAAUCGUCGUGUCAAGCAGAGAACAGUCUUUCUGUGCUUUUCAGAUGGCUUAUGUUCACAGUGGCAAUACCCGCCUGGCUGCUUGCAGCGCCGAGCGGCACCCGGGAGCGCCGCUGCCCCUCGAGCUGCAGAUGCGAUGGGAAAAUAGUAUACUGUGAAUCCAACGCCUUCCGCGACGUACCGAACAAUGUGUCUGUGAGCACGCAGGGCCUCUCCCUCCGUUACAACAGCCUGGUGAACCUCAGAGCCCGGCAAUUCGCAGGUCUCAGUCAACUGGUGUGGCUCUACCUCGAUCACAAUUACAUCACUGCGGUGGAUGGCCAGGCGUUCCAUGGGAUCCGGAGGCUCAAGGAGCUGAUCCUCAGCUCCAACAAGGUCACGCAGCUGAAGAACAAUACGUUCCAUGACGUUCCAAAUCUACGAAACCUCGACUUGUCCUACAACAAGCUGCAGGUUCUGAAACCCAAUCAGUUCUUGGGUUUGCGGAAGCUGCUCAGUUUGCACUUGAGGUCGAACUCCUUAAAGACGAUCCCCAUGCGGGUUUUCCUCGACUGUCGCAACCUGGAGUUUCUUGACAUCGGCUACAACAGGCUCAGGAGCCUGACGCGCAACGCUUUUGCGGGACUCUUAAAGCUGGUCGAGCUUCACUUGGAGCACAACCAGUUUUCAAAGAUAAACUUUGCUCACUUCCCCCGCCUGACUAACCUGAGGGCCCUCUACCUGCAGUGGAACCGUAUCAGGUUGCUAACCCAGGGCCUGCCGUGGAUGUGGACCUCCUUGCAAAAGCUGGACCUCUCGGGAAAUGAGCUGGAAGUGCUGGACGCCAGCACGUUUCAGUGCCUGCCCAACCUUCAGACUUUGAAUCUGGACUCCAACAAACUCAGCAACGUCUCCCAGCGGACAGCGGAGACUUGGAUUUCCCUAAACACCAUCAGUCUGGCCGGGAAUUUGUGGCACUGUAACCCCAACAUAUGCCCGCUGGUGUCCUGGCUCAAAGCCUUCAAGGGCAACAAAGAGACUACGAUGAUUUGUACUAGCCCUAAGGAGGCCCAAGGAGAGAAAGUGACAGAUGUGGUGGAGACUUAUAACAUCUGUACAGCAACCCCGACCCCAAUCCCCUCAACGACUUUGCCUUUCACUUCCCCUUUCCAGCCUGAUUUGCCGCCUCUUCCCACGCAGCUGGUGGCGGAUAAAAAGCUUACCUGGAAUACGACGGCCUCGCCAACUCCUUCCGAGGCCUCCACCUCUGCGCCAUUGCCCGACACCGACUAUGUGUCCUUCCACAAGAUCAUAGCCGGCAGCGUGGCACUUUUCUUAUCUGUGGCUAUAAUUCUGCUGGUUAUCUAUGUGUCAUGGAAGCACUAUCCCAGCAGUCUGAAACAGCUCCAGCAGCGCUCGGCGGUCAAAAAGCGCCAGAAACAGGCACGACAGACUGAGCGCUCCUUUAAUUCCCCCCUGCAAGAGUACUAUGUGGACUACAAGCCCUCCCAUUCAGAGACUAUGGAUAUGCUGGUUAAUGGGACGGGACCUUACACGUACACCAUCUCAGGCUCCAGGGAAUGCGAGAUACCACGGCAGCUGAACCCCCUGGCUCUGUACAGGUAUGAGCAGUCGGUGCUGGAUCACUGCCAUGCCCACCUGUCGCUGCGCCACAACGUGGGCAUGGAGCCCUCGGCCCGGGCGCCGGGAGGUCCGGGGCCGGCCCCGUACCACCCGGGCCUGAUGGCCGCCCUCCCUUCUGAGCUGGAGCCGCCUCGCCCCCGGACUCGCUCCCAAUGCCGUGUCGUUCAUCAAGAUCCAUGGCUUCGACCCAAACAACUGUCUGCUGUAUUUAGACGACUGCGGAGGCGGAUGACACCAAAGGAGCGGCGCGCUGGAGGCAAGGCUGUCGAACGAGAAAAUGUCUUGUUUUAUGCAUUAGGAACUGGCCUCCCAGUUACCCAAAUGGUAACUCUUUCUUGCUUUUCUUCUCCUGUGACUGUGUGACCGUUUUCUGAUGUAAUAAAGUAAACUGGGACUCUCUGAGCUUCAAGGCUUUUGUGUCGAAGUAUGACGUAUUUGAACGAUUUUGUCACCUUACGACCACUAAUGUCUUGAUUAGGGUUUUAUAAUAAACCAACAGAACAUAUCUGUGAAGUGGAAAGAAAACAAUCAGCAGUUUUCAACUUUUUUUUAUUUUUACAACUUAAACUGUGGCAUGGAUUUAUUUUCAACGCUCAUUUUUUCUUGUCUCUCACUUAGCUCCAUACAUCUUCCCAUCAACUCCGUCCACAUUCUUAAAAUAGAAUCCCCACAGCAUGACACUGCCACCACCAUGUUUCACAUUGUGGAUAAUGUGUUCAGAGUAAUGUGUGCAAAGUUUUACGUGUUAGUUUAGUCUCCAAUCUGUGUUGUGGCAAACGUUAAACUGGAUAUUUCCUGGUCUUCUUUCACUUAUGUCUUAAUACUUUCAUUCUUUUUUAGAGCUACUACAUGUAACUUUUACAAAAAAUAUGAGGCAUAUAUUUACAGGAAUGCUCCUUGCCUGGUGGAAAACAACCAAUCAGAGUCAGGAGGAGGCACUUAGUGCUGUCAAUCACACUUGUGUAGGCGCUGUGAAAGAAACAAUGGAUGGAUGUGUUUUAGUUAGGUUACUUCUUAAGAUGGUUGACUUCUGGGUUUUUAUUUAGGAAUAUCAGAGUAAAUUUGGCUGUGUGCAAAUAGACGCCACAUUUUCAAAUUUCUUUGGAAAAGCGUUUGGAAACAAUGUAUUGAAUUCAUUCCUCUUCACAAAUAUGCAAAACAAAAAUUGUUUGCGGUACAUCUAUCACCUGAAAUCCCAUCAAAUUUAUUGUUACAUAGAUGUGAUCUUUGUCAACCCACACAAGAAUAAAUAUUUGAGUGUUGUGUUCAGUUACGACUUCAUCUGUUGUUGCAUGUGUUGCUCCAGGUAAGUUGUGGUUUUGCUGGAUCUAAACAAAUUAAUCCAGAAGAAAGACAAGUCCCCGUUUUCAUUUUUGUUUGUGGCUGUUUUUUUUUUCUUUGUUUUUUUUUGUAAUCUGCCAUAUGUAAUAUUUUAAUAGAAUAAGUGAAUGUGGAGCCUGCGAACGCCAGAACAUCCGUGGUGUAGAAUUGUCACAUAUAUAAACAGGGAAGUGUGUGAAUGACGCCUUGUGUAAUAAUCAAACAAAAUGGACAAAAACAACAACACAUGACUGCUUGCUGUGUGGAAGGCAACAAAAGCAGUUUGAUAUGCCAGGGACAGUCAUGGUUUAAGUAAACUGUUAAAUCCGAUAGCCUCGGCUAUUAUCAGGGCCGCCGAUAAGGCCUAUUAACAAAUAAUUUCCUUCUUUUGCUGCAGUAACACAAUCUAACACAGGUUUUUAUUUUUAAAUCCAAUCUUUAAUGUCAAAAUGUUAAGAAAUUUUUUUUUUUACAUUUUGUGCCACAAUUAUUGGCAUUCCUACGAUUUCCUUUAUAACAAAUGUAACGGACACGUUUACGUUUCUGAUGUUUAAGUUGCACAAAGUAGCUGAGCACUUUUAGUUAGAAAUCCAUUACUUCCUGUUUUACUGGCCCAUUUCACUUAGUUUCUCUUCAAAAUGGGAAAGGGUGGAAAAAAUUGCAUGAAAAAAAAGCAAGGUGACUUAGACUAAGUAAUGGUGAUAAGAAGAUUAAUGUUUACCUGAACCUUAAGAUGUGACAAACAAGACUGGUCCAUUAUUGAUGUCACAGGGAUACCAAUGACUACAACAACUUUGAUUAUGA